AUGGCUACUAUAAUGAAAGCGAGGUUUCCACUAUUGCUGUUGCUAGGAAUUGUUUUCCUGGCUUCAGUUUCGGUCUCUUUUGGCAUUGCGUACUGGGAACAAGAGAAUCCCAGUCAUCACAUGUGCCUUCAGAGCUGCAACAAAGAGAUCGAUGCAUACAGACACGAUGCAUGCGAGUCUCGUUGCAAGCUCGUAAUGAACCGUGAGGAGCGAGAACCACAGAGAGAAAGGGGGCGCCAGGAGGGUGAGAAGGAAGAAGAAAAGGAACGGAAAGAGAGGGAGAAGGAACGGAAAGAGAGGGAGAAGGAACAGAGAGAGAGGGAGAAGCGCAGGGAAGAGAAAAGACGUGAGAAGAGGCAAGAGAGAGAAGAACAAGAAGAAGAAGAAGGUUCAGAGUCACGAAGAGAAAAGAGGAACCCCUUUCACUUCACCUCUAACAGGUACCAGACAUUGUACGAGAACGAACACGGUUACAUUCGUGUCCUCCAAAGGUUCGACGAGCGCUCCAAACAAUUUGAGAAUCUCCAAAACUAUCGGAUUGUCGGGUACAACUUAAAACCCAACACCAUCCGUGUUCCCCAACACGCUGACGCUGAUUUUCUCCUCGUCGUCGUUAGUGGGCAAGCCUUAGUUACCGUACUGAACCCGGACGACAGAGACUCGUACAAACUGGAGAGAGGCGAUGCACUGAGAAUCCCUGCAGGGACCACUUCUUAUCUGGCUAACCGAGGUGACAAUCAAAAUCUCAGAAUAGUCAAACUCGCCAUACCCGUUAACAGACCUGGCAAAUUACAGGUUUUCUCUCCUUCUGACAAUGAAAAACGACAAUCCUACUUCCGCGGCUUCAGCAAGAAUAUUCUAGAGGCAUCCUUUAACACCAAAUACGAUGAGAUAGAGAAGAUUCUCUUAGGAGAAGAGGAGCAGGAGCAGGAGCAGCAGCAGGAGAAGAAGCAGCAGAGCGAGGAAGAGGGUCUUAUAAUCAAAGUAUCAAAGGAACAGAUCCAGGAAAUGAGCAAACAUGCCAAAUCUAGCUCCAAAAAAAGCAAGUCCUCCGAAGAUGAACCAUUCAACUUGAGAAGCCGCGGCCCUAUCUAUUCCAACAAGUUUGGCAAGUUCUUUGAGAUCACUCCAAAGAAGAAUCCCCAGCUUGAGGACUUGAAUGUCUUCCUCAGUGUUGUCGAGAUUAAUGAGGGAUCUCUUUUGCUGCCAUAUUUCAAUUCAGAGGCCACAGUGUUACUAUAUGUUGUUGAAGGAGAAGGGUACCUUGAACUUGUGGGUCCGAGACAACAACAGCAGGAGCAGGAGCAGGAAGAAGAAGAGAAGCAGCAGCAGCAGCAACAAGUGCAGAGGUACAGAGCUAAGUUGUCUAAAAACGAAGUGAUUGUAAUCCCGGCAGGUCAUCCAGUUGCCGUGAACGCUUCCUCAGAUCUUCGUUUGCUUGGCUUUGGUAUCAAUGCUGAGAACAACCAGAGGAACUUCCUUGCAGGUGAGAAUGACAAUGUGAUAAGCCAGAUUCCGAAACCGGUGAAGGAGAUUACGUUCCCUGGGUCUGCUGAAGAUGUUGAUAGGCUAAUAAGAAACCAGAAGAACUCAUACUUUGUGAGUGCUAGGCCUCAGCAGCAGGGGGAGGAGGGAAAGCAGAGAAGGAGCCUUCCACUGUCUUCAAUUUUGGGUGCUUUUUACUGA